CCUUCCUUCUCCUCUCCUAAGAUUAUUAGUACCUUCUGUUACACCCACUUACCCUACAAUCACUCUCACUACUCUCGUUCUGUCCCCCAAACACCUCCCUGAUCUACCUAGCUACCUACAGCCACCCGCCCACCCCCUUCGCCUAUCAUCACUCUUCCAAGGCACCUCCACCAGUUCACCAAGCUUCCCACAGCUACCAUGUCGUCUGAGCAGACCUUUUCGACCCACGACCUCCGCAGCGGAGCCAAGGAGUUCGGCCGCGACAAGGACCAGAGGGUGAAAUGGGCCCAUGGUACUUCCUAUGGCCCGGGACGGAGGGUUGAGGACGCCCGACCUCGACCUGCGCGCGUCAUUCCAACCCCAAAGUCCACUGCUGGUUUCAACAAGGCCCGCACCGCCCUUAAGAACGACAUGGUCGAUGCUAGCGACUCUUCGGCCGAUGAGGAAGUCGACGAGCCCUCCGCCGCCCCAGCACCAGAUGCCGAGAUCACCUAUUCCUACGACGCCGAGCGAGGCCCGAGCCACGGAAGCCAGGUACUUGGGCAAGCACUUGCGCAAGCCAUCGAGCGGUUUGAGGUCCACCAGACCGACAAGCUGAUCAAGGAGGAAUAUGAGGUGCUGGACGCCGGCGAGGUGCUGUCUCCGGCUCCAAGGCCCCGCAGGCAUGGCGUCACCCCCGAGGACGAGGACUACGAGUUCAUCGAGGCCUAAUUCUUUCGCCUACGGAUAUCCCCUCCUUCCGUGAUUGUGUUUUAGGUUAUUAGCGGACUGCAUGCUCUCCAUUGGCGUUUU